UCAUUUCAUUCAAGUGGUCACCAGUUGUCAAAAUGUUGAUACAACGUGGUUUUUAAUUCAGGUUAUCUAAUAUUAUGAUAAUAAAUAUUUUUAACUCAUUUAUAAUAUUAGAAUUUAAAAUAAAUUGCCAUGGCUAUGUUAGCGGAACCUCGUCGUAAACAAAAAGUUAUAAAUCUCAGAGCUAAAAACACUGCUUGGAGUAAUGACGCUAACAAAUUCGGUCAGCGUAUGUUAGAAAAAAUGGGUUGGAGUGCUGGAAAAGGACUUGGAGCAAAGGAAAAUGGUAUAGUGGAACAUGUUGUUGCGCGAUAUAAAAAUGAUGAUAGAGGCCUCGGAUUUGAGGAUAAGAAUGAUCAAUGGACUAAGCACGAAGACGACUUUAAUGCAUUGUUAGCAAAUUUGUCAAAUUCUAAUGCUGAAUCUUCUGAUAAUUUGCAUAGUGGCAUAUCUUUAGAAGACAAGUCCAAGAAAAGUAAAUCAAGAAUUCACUACCAUAAGUUCACCCGGGGGAAAGAUUUAUCAAAGUACAGUGAAAAAGACCUGGCUAAUAUAUUUGGUAAGAAAAGCUUUAAAAAUAAGAAAGAAAUGGAGACAUCCAUAGAGGAUGACACAACUUCAAGGGAGAAAAUAUUUACUGAAAAGGGCAGCAUGGAAGAUUACUUUAAGUCGAAAAUGGCAUCAAUAAAGUCUAAGAAUAAAUUUAUCGAUAAACAUGAUGAAGGUAAUGAGGACUGUGAUUAUGUAUUUCAAGGUUUCUCAUGCACUGAUGACCAUAUGAAUUCUUUAGAUACUCCUCAAUUGUAUAUACAUUCUUUGAAUGAUCAAAAUAUCGCCACAGAAGAGACAAAUACUGAUAGUGUAUGUAAAAAAAAGAAAAAGAAGAAGAAACAUAAUAGCAAUGAUCUAGAUGAAUUAAUUUGUAAUGGAGAAACCAUGGAUAUUGCUCAAGAUAUUCCAAAGAAAACAAAAAAGAUAAAAAAUAAUCUUAAAUUAUCAGAAGUGAGUGUUGAUGAGACACCCACUGAGAAUGGCAAUUCUAAUGAGCCUAAAAAGAAAAAGAAAAAAAAGAAUAAAAAUAUGUAGCAGUGCAAAA